UAUAGCAUUGCAAGCCAGCACUGUUAAAAAGCUUCAUUUCAGAGCCAGCAAGAAUUCUAGAGAGAGAAACAAACAUAAAAAAGUGACCGACGAGAGAGGAGAGAGAGAGAGCUCUGAUAGGAACCCCAUUUUUGUUUUUCUUCCAUAUUUUUCCUAGAGAGAGUAAGCUCAGUGAAAGAAGACCCUAAAAUUGCGUAGACAACAACCCAAUAGUGUUUUUUUUUUUGGUGUUUCUCGUCGUCGUCGUCGUUGUUGUACAAGGAUUUUCCGUACAGAUUCGGAUUCUUAUUCGAUUUUGUUUGAGCAAAAGGCUUUCCCCAUGUGAGACUAAUCACGGUUACUGGAUAUGGAGAGGAUACCAGAGUUGAAGGUGAUUCCUGUAAAACCUCCUAGUUUGAGUCAUGAAAUAUCAAUUGCGCAUAAAGCCUCACCGAAUGAAGUGAGUCAGUUAUCGAAAAUGCACUCGGCUAUGGUGAGAGAAGCUAUGGCAAGAGAAGUAGCGGGCGGAUUAUCAAAUGGACGGUUGGCUUUAGCGACAGAAGAAUUAGCAAUGGCGUCGACAAAAGGGGUAGUUCAGUUGUCGAAAGCACGGCUGGUUUCAGUGAGAGAAGUGGCACGGUCUGAUAUGCGAGAAAACCCCCAAGAUCAAGGCUCAUCGGUGCCUAUGAGGGUGUCAAAAGGGAAGACCUCUUUACCAGGAGUGGAGGAACUUAUGCCUGAUUUUACUGUUACGUUUAAGGGAGGAAGUGGCGGCGAUUCAUUUGAGGAUGGUGGUCCUAGUUCUUUCUCUGGGGCUAGUCACCCUCCGGAGCCUGUUGAUACUGAUCUGAUGCAAACGGUUUAUGUACCAAUUGGUAGGAAUAAAUCCGAGGCUGGAUGCUUGAUGAAGAGCGUGUCUAGGAAGGGUCCUUUUCUGGAAGAUCUUUCGAUUCGGGUUCCUCCUAAGAAACCAAGCUCAGCUGUUCUUUCCCCUGCAGAAAGUCUGGUUGAAGAACCUGCUGAUCUGGGCACUUUGUCGUCUCCAUUUUCCAUCCCUCGCGCGUCUCAAAACACAGAUAAUUCGUUACCCCCGGAUUCUGAGGAGAAGGAAUGUGUUUGGGAUGCGUCUUUGCCUCCGAGCGGCAAUGUAAGUCCGCAUAGUAGCAUUGAUAGUACUGGUGUUGUCACGGCGAUGAGCAUUGUUAACAGCUGUGCGAGUACAUACCGAAGCGAUGCUGUCACUAGCGACGGAAUGCUUAGUAUGGAGAGGAAUUGUGAGAGUACUAAGGGGAGCAUUAGAGGGGAUUCACUCGAGAGUGCGAAAACUAGUGUUAGUCGAGCGAGUGAUAGCAGUGGCCUUAGUGAUGAUAGUAAUUGGAGUAACAUCACCGGGAGCGCCAAUAAGCCUCACAAAGGGAAUGAUCCGAGGUGGAAGGCCAUUCUUGCCAUACGAGCACGGGAUGGGAUUUUGGGAAUGAGCCAUUUUAGGUUACUGAAACGACUCGGUUGCGGCGACAUUGGGAGCGUGUAUCUGUCGGAGCUGAGUGGAACUCGCUGUUUCUUCGCGAUGAAAGUAAUGGACAAGGCAUCUCUAGCAAGCAGGAAGAAGUUGACUAGAGCUCAGACAGAAAGGGAGAUAUUGCAGCUGCUUGACCAUCCAUUCCUGCCGACUUUGUAUACGCAUUUUGAGACUGAUAGAUUCUCCUGUUUGGUCAUGGAAUAUUGUCCAGGUGGUGAUCUGCACACUCUGAGGCAACGGCAACCCGGGAAACAUUUCUCUGAGUAUGCUGCACGAUUCUAUGCUGCAGAAGUUCUGUUGGCACUUGAGUAUCUUCACAUGCUUGGAGUUGUCUACAGGGACUUGAAACCUGAAAAUGUUUUGGUCCGUGAUGAUGGCCACAUAAUGCUCUCAGAUUUUGAUCUUUCUCUUAGAUGCGCGGUUUCACCAACAUUGAUAAAAAUGUCGUUUGAUUCUGACCCUUCGAAAAGAGGGGCUGGUGGUGCAUUCUGCGUGCAGCCUGCUUGUAUUGAGCCCUCAUCAGUGUGUAUACAGCCUGCGUGUUUUAUCCCUAAGAUUUUCCCUCAAAAGAACAAAAAGAAGGCCCGGAAACCCCGAGCUGAUUUCGGGAUGCCUGCAAGUGCACUUCCGGAGCUAGUUGCGGAGCCUACUCAAGCAAGAUCAAUGUCAUUUGUAGGAACCCAUGAAUAUUUAGCCCCUGAAAUCAUCAAGGGAGAAGGCCACGGUAGUGCAGUCGAUUGGUGGACGUUUGGCAUAUUCCUGCAUGAGUUGCUAUAUGGUAAAACGCCUUUCAAAGGCGCAGGAAACCGCGCGACGCUGUUUAAUGUGGUCGGACAGCAACUUAAAUUCCCAGAUUCACCACCUACUAGUUAUGCCAGCCGUGAUCUGAUCCGUGGUUUGCUGGUUAAGGAGCCACAACACAGGCUCGGGGUGAAGAGGGGAGCAACCGAGAUCAAGCAACAUCCCUUCUUUGAAGGCGUGAAUUGGGCUCUGAUACGAUGCAGUACGCCACCGGAAGUGCCAAGACCAGUGGAGGCCGAGUUUCCUGGAAAGUUUGGGGCAGUCGACCCCGUUGGGGUAGGCAGCAGCAGUAAAAGGAUGGUAGGUGGAGACAUGAAGUCAGGAGGUAAAUAUCUCGACUUCGAGUUCUUCUAGUUUUUGGAUCACAGGAUUGUUGUGCAAAGUUGUAUUAGUACACUAAAAAUCAGUUAAUUAAUCUUGCAAGAGUGCCUCAAAAUUGUGCUCUACUAAUUAACUCUGCUCAUCUAUCUUACCUUCUAAAAGGAAAUUCCAUUUGAAUUGGAAAACUAGGAAGUAGCUUAAGUUCAUGGAACACGUUGGGAUUCUGCCUCUUGGAUUUUCUUCCAUAGUGGCCUGGUCCCACAUUCAAAAAUCAUUUUGGAUGAUACCAAUGACCAAUUCUAGUGUAUUAAGUAGAAAACUCAUUGUCCAU